GGUAUUAAUGACGUGCUACAGGAGCGUUUUGCGGUGGAGAUGCGUUGCAACACGGCCCUGCGUCUGGCAGCCCUGCACAUACAGGAGAGACUAGCCAGCUGUGGACAGUCACCUAAGACCAACCUCAAGAUCAUCACGUACGUCACUCGUGUGCAUGCUCACACACACACACACACACACAACACACACACACACACACACACACACACACACCACACACACACACACGCACACGCACUCACACACACACACUCACACACACACACUCUCACUCACACACACACAUACAGUUUGUCUCUAUACAUUACAGCUGAUCAUAUUCCCUCUAUUAGAAUAGUACAUUACAGCUGAUCAUAUUCCCUUUUUCCUCUCUACAGGAAGAGUUGGGGCAUUGAGAACUUUGUCUCAUCAACCCUCCUGAGGAACAUGAGGGAGAAGGAUCUGAGGAAGGCCAUUGGCUACCACAUGAAGAAGAGCCAAUCACAGGAGCCCAAGCAGAAGGUGCUGUCGGCCAAUCAGGCGAAGAUUGACUACCUGGCGGAGCUGUGUGACCUCAAGUCCUUUGGCGGGAAGUCCUUUAGUGCCACCAUGAUG